AUGAAAGCCAAAAUAUCGGUGAAAAGCAAACCAUCAGUUGUCAAAGCAAAGAUCAUCCCUUUUGCUUCUCAUAUUGUGCUGACUGUGAUAAAUUUGUAUUGCCUCGUUAUGUACUAUACCAACAUUAUGGGCAAGAAUUUUUUAGAUUUGGGCUAUGUUGCGUACUUGACAAUGUUCAUGAAUGGACUAGUUGGCCUCUCUAGAAUCGUUAACGAAGAGGCAUUCCUCGAUUUGAGAAUCCUUCUGGACUACGGCCAAGUAGUCCUGUCUCAUCCGUUCUUGACAGCAGUGCUCUGGCAGAAGCAUGACGCAGGUCCCAAAGAAAUCGCCGUGGCGCACUGCCUUCUUGGCCUAACAGCUUUCCUCUUCUUCGCCUUCAUGGAAUACAAAAGGUUGGACCUUAGUGAUCUAGCGCUCAUUAUCAGCAUCCCUUCCUCUAUAAUUGUGGGGGCACUUUUCGGAAACUAUUUCGCUUGCGGAGCUGGCGUUUUGAUGGCUCUUGCCUAUUUUGGACUGAAAAGGGGGGAAGAUUGCAUAUUGCAGACGUCACCAGUGCUGUCUGGAACCUUUAACUUUGCUAUGGCCGCGUAUGCUAUACUCACUUUAGUGCAGUUUGAACCCGAGGGUUGGAUACCCAAAUUUUGAGUUCGCUUUUGAAACUACACAACGAUUGGAAAGAGGAUAGAUCGUAUUAUUUUAUUACAUCUUUAUUUAUUGAUUUGUUGUGUUGGGUGCCAACGUUGUCAAAAAUCAAAUAAAUGGAGAACAAUCCGCACUAUUCUGCUUUUUAAAUGAAUAGGUAUUUGAGAAACAUCUACUAUAAUGAAAACACUUAUUUCUUUUAAAUUUGUAAACU